GAUUGCAUUGGAUUCUGCGAUAGGAAUUGAGUUCAAUCGGAACAAGGAUAUUCCUUCUCUGUUAAUUUGUAGUUAGAAAUCCAGGAAAUGUCCGGGUUAGUCUCGCAGCAUAAGCGUGUGGAUGGGGUAGAUCGGUUUCACGGAGCAAUGAAGGCGCGGCGGACCCAGCGCUACGUUCCUCGCGCGACAGCGGUACCUUCGCCUUCUUCAUUUAGCGAGGCCCAGACAACUGCUAGUAAAUCCGUUCCUGCGGCCCUUGGAAGUAUUGCGGCUCUUCCCGGUAACUUGGACAGGUUCUUGCAAGCGACGACGCCGAGUGUACCUGCUCAAUAUCUCUCAAAGACAAUGAGAUAUAGGAGAACGUGCGAUAAGGAGUGUAUGACAUACUUUAAUCUGGAGGAUUUGUGGGAUUCUUUCAAUGAGUGGAGUGCCUACGGUGCGGGGGUCCCUCUUGUUCUCAAUGGAAAGAAUUCUGUUAUUCAGUAUUACGUGCCCUACCUUUCUGGCAUUCAGUUGUAUGCGGAUUCUAGUACUCAUUCUUUGGAUCCCAGUGUCCCAGUUGAAGAAAGUUACCUUAACUCUUUUAGAGGCACUAGUAGCUAUGGAAGCAGUAUGGAUAGUGGAUCUAAAUAUUUAGGGAACUGGUGCAAAAGUUGUAUUUCAAGAUGUGAUAAGAUUGGGUUGGAUAAACUGUCUUUGAGAUCUGAGUUUUGUGGUGAUGAUAGUGAUUUUGGGGAUUCUCGAGCUUCACUCAUCGUCGAAUACUUUGAGAAUGACCUUCCAUUUUAUCGUGAACCUUUGGCUAACAAGAUUGUUAAUCUUGCCAAAAAUUUUCCAGUUUUGAGGACAUUUAAAAGCUGUGAUCUUCUCCCAUCCAGUUGGUUUUCUGUUGCAUGGUAUCCCAUUUAUAGAAUACCACCUGGAUCAACGCUGGCGGAUGUUGGAACUUGUUUUCUCACGUUUCAUUUUCUUUCUACUCCUAUGAAAGGCAUUGCUCGUAGACCUAUCCUAACCGAACAGAAUGUCUCUCUUCCCGUCUUUGGUCUUGCAUCCCUCAAGUGCAAGGGUUCCAUGUGGACUUCUAAAGGCGAUGGCGAGGGUAACCUCGCCCAGGGCUUACUCCAAGCUGCUGAUAAGUGGUUGCGACUCCUAAAUACAAAUCACCCA